AUGCCUCGUCAUCCCCCCCGUCCGAACCUCGGUGGUUACGGCCUUAUACAGGCCAACGUGAACCACUCUCCCCAUGCGCAGGAUUUACUCCAGCAAAGCAUGGUAGAGAGGGGGUUCACGUUGGCGAUCGUGGCCGAGCCCCAUCGCCCCCCCCCCCCCAGGGACAGACCGUAUUGGGCUGUCGAUAAUGGGGCGGCGGGGGACUCGGUCGCGAUACGGUGGCGGUCGGUGCCGGGUGGUCCCGACACGACCGCCAUCGUGAACGGUGAACGGCACGUGGCCGUUCAGUGGGGGCCCUUCGCGGUAGUGGGGGUCUAUCUAAGGCCCACCAGGAGCCUUGCCCCGUUCCAGGACUGGCUCUUGGACAUAGGACAGACGGUCCUAAGUCUGAGUCCAAGGCCAGUCCUCGUGGCCGGGGACUUUAACUCGUGGCACACGAGUUGGGGUUCCCGGCACAACAACGAGAAGGGCAGGGCCCUGGUUGAUUGGGCGGCGACGCACGGUCUGGUCCUGGUUAACGAGGGCCGGACCUCCACCUGCAUGCGGACGCAGGGGGAGUCCAUCGUGGACCUCACGUGGGCUACCCCCUCGGCCGCUCGCCUUAUUACAGAGUGGAGGGUGGAGGAGGGCACAGAGACUCUGUCAGACCACCGUUAUAUAACGGUGGAGCUCGGUGCCCUCUCCUCCGUGCGUCGCCAAGAGACGCGACCGCGAUGGGCCCUCAAGAAACUCUGUGAGGACGCCCUGAUGGCCUCGCUAGAGGCCGCCUGUUGGGUCCGGGGAGAUUUCCCUGAGACCCGGGAGAUGGACCCCCUGCGGGAGGCCGAGUGGAUCGGGGUAGCGUUAACAGCGGCGUGCGACGCUGCUAUGUCCCGGUCCAAGACUCGGCCUCGGCGGGCCGUCCACUGGUGGACGGCGGAGAUCGCCGACCUACGUCGACGCGCCGUCCACCAGGGGAGGAUAUUCGCCCGCUGCAGGCGCAGGGGCGGACAGGCGGCCGAACGGGCGAGGGAGGGCUACCUUGAGGCCAAGGUAGCCCUCCGGCGAGCCAUCACCGUGGCAAAGGGCAGGGCGUGGACGGAGUUCCUCGACUCCCUUCAAGAGUAUCCGUGGGGGCGCCCAUACAAAAUGGUGCUCAAUAAGUUGAGACCAUGGGCGCCCCCGCUGACGGAGCGGCUGGACGUAGGAUUCGUCCAGAGGGUGGUGCAGACCCUCUUCCCCGACAUCGCUGGGGAGGAUGGGGGGCCGCCCUCCGAAGGUAGUUUCUUCACGCCACCUUCCAGGUCUAAUCUGUCCAAUCAUCUCAUCUUCAUGAUCUAUCAUGUCAGGAGGAGUGUACAAUGCACGUCCAAUCGAAUCACUGCGUAA